AAUUCAGCCUCUGCUGACGCUUCCUUGUAAAAACAAACACCAGCACUCGGCACCAUGAGACUCCUCUCCGAGGAGAGUCCAUGGCUUCUCUGCUCUCCCCAGCUGCAACCACUUUCCAACAACAACCCAAACGAAUUUGGUUCUCUUUUUCAAAACCCAUUUCCCAAAUCCAUCUCUCUUCAUUCUCGAACCGCUUCAAGACUAACCCAGCAAGGUGCAAUGCAUUCUUUGACAACAUUUCGGAGAAUGUGGUUGAGCUCGACCAGUCUUUGUCUUCGUUUCCUUUUUAUAGGUCUGGGUAUGCCCAAUUUCAGAGAAUUACAGAGGAAUUGCCUGAGAUGGAGAAGUGGGGGAUUCUUGUUUUUGCUGGGCUCACUUGGAUUUACCUAACUGCAAGGCCGGGUGUUCUCAUGGGUGCUAUAGAUUCAUAUCUUCUAGCUCCUCUGCAGCUGGGUUUGGACAGUUUGACAGGGAGGAGGAACUUGAAGAGGACUGAUUUUGUGGUUGGGAAUAGAUUGGGCGAAGGGUCCUUUGGUGUUGUUUAUUCUGGUGUUUUGGUUCCAAAGAAUGUGAGUGUGGAAGAAAGGCCACAGAAGAGAGGAACAGGUCAAGCGUUGCAGUUGGAUGGCAGGUUCAAGGAGAAGGUUAUUCUCAAGAAGGUGAAGGUUGGAGUCCAAGGGGCUGAAGAAUGUGGUGAUUUUGAGGAGUGGUUUAAUUACAGGCUGUCUAGAGCAGCUCCUGAAACAUGUGCUGAGUUCCUUGGAAGUUUCAUUGCUGAUCAAACAAAUUCACAAUUUACAAAGGGUGGAAAAUGGCUUGUCUGGAAAUUCGAGGGAGAUAGAGACCUUGCAGACUACAUGAAAGAUCGUAACUUCCCUUUAAACUUGGAGUCUACUAUGUUUGGGCGUGUCUUGCAAGGACUAGGUUCAAUUGAACGAAAUGCAUUAAUCAUAAAGCAAAUAAUGCGCCAGAUUAUUACUUCACUCAAGAAAAUCCAUGACACGGGUAUUGUUCACCGAGACGUAAAGCCCUCAAACUUAGUGGUGACAAAGAGAGGACAGAUUAAGCUCAUCGAUUUUGGAGCAGCCACAGACCUCCGAAUUGGCAAAAACUAUGUACCCAACCGUGGGUUGCUUGAUCCUGACUAUUGCCCACCUGAACUAUAUGUGCUCCCAGAGGAAACACCAACCCCCCCUCCAGAGCCGAUUGCUGCCUUUCUUUCUCCAAUUUUAUGGCAGCUCAAUAGUCCUGAUCUAUUUGAUAUGUAUUCUGCUGGCAUUGUACUGAUGCAAAUGGCAGUACCAAGUUUGAGGUCUACAGCGGGCUUAAAGAAUUUCAAUUUAGAAUUAAAAACAGUGGGGUAUGACUUGAAAAGAUGGAGGGAGUACACUCGGUUCAGGCCUGACUUGACUAUUCUUGAUCUAGACUCAGGCAGAGGGUGGGAUCUUGCCACUAAACUUAUUUCAGAGAGGGGUUCCCUCAGAAGGGGCCGUUUAUCAGCUGCUGCAGCUCUUAGACAUCCUUAUUUCUUGCUGGGUGGUGACCAGGCUGCUGCUGUUCUUUCAAAACUAAGCCUGAGCAAGUAGUGGGCCGCUUGCUGAUAGGGAAGGACAAGGCUCACUGGUAUCAACAGCUUGCUUGCCGUAUUAGUCCAUAAACUCUUGCCCCUCCUCCACUGGGUGACUCAAAAGGUACUUGGCUACCCUUUUCUGAACCAAAAAAAAGGAAAAAAAAAAAAUAAUAAUACAGUUUAUCUGGGCACCAUUCCUAGAGAAAAAACACAGAUUUUCUGGUUUCUUUGAUUACUGAAAGCAUAUUGGAGGAGGUCAUUUGCUCUCCAAAAGAGGAAAAAAAAAAAAAACAAGAAAAAAGAGAAAUAAUGGCAAAGGUUGGUCAUGUCUUCUUUGUAAGAUGAAAAUCUGAUUCUCAUAUUGCAAUGAGAUUAAUUUUUCCCCCUUCUGCUAAUUAUCUUCUCUUGUAUAAAACUUGUGAUUUGUGAGCUUCCUCCACAAAUGCCAGCAUUCGUUUAAUAUCUUUGAAUGAAUUUUUUUGAUGCCUAGUAAUAUUUUUCUGAUAAUUAAAGUA